GUUAAGCCAAAACAUGACCCACCAAAGAUUCUUCUUGGUAAUUAGAAAAACAUUGUAAGCUAGAUUAAAGGGCUGCUCUCAUUUCUUACACUGUCAGCUUAUUGUUCUUUUUCAAGAAAUCCCAACCCUAGAAAUCAGCAACCAUGUCAUCCAAGCAAGGUGGAAAAGCUAAGCCUCUGAAAGCACCCAAGGCUGAGAAGAAGGAAUAUGAUGAGGAUGAUUUGGCUAAGCUCCAGAAGAAGAAAGAAGAGGAAAAGGCACUGAAGGAGCUCAAAGCCAAGGCUCAACAGAAAGGCGCUUUUGGAGGUUCCGGGCUAAAGAAAAGCGGAAAGAAAUGAAGCUUCAAUACAGCUAAAGCGGACGCUCUAUGUCUAAGAUACAUAGCGUCCCUGUCUUAUAAUAUGAUGAUUUGGUUGAAAAAUGAUUUGAUUUGUACUUUGUGCUAAACUCGGUGACCUUUAUUACCUUAACCUAUGUAUCACUGUUAAUAAGAUUGUAAGCUUUUUGUCUUCCCAAAGCAUUUGUUUUUCAUGUGUUAAACAUUAUCAUGGCUUGAGUCAUGAUCUGUGCUGGCUGUCUAGGUUAUCAACAAAUUCAUAUCUACUCGGCAUCUAACAAUAAUAGUCACAAAUGUGUGCUUUGAUUUCGUACAGUUUUGCCAUUACUCAUUAGGAGUCUUGAACAUGUUGCUUGGUGGAAAGUUACAGAGUUGUAAAAGUUACAGGGUAAAAGCUUUGUUUAUACCAAAAAGUGUAAAGUCAAGCUUUAUGCUCUGUAUUAAGCUGGAAAUUAGAAAGGAGAAAAUAAAGAAAAGUGAAAACAAAUAAAAAGUGUUGCGUUAAUCAGAUCUAGGCUUCCAGCUAAUAACAUCAGGCUCAGUUCUUGUUUUUAGUAAUGAGAUGGAAUAGUUACUCACCAGCAUGCCGAUCUGCACACUGAUCAUAUUUUCUUCGGGCUCAAGAUAACAAUGGCUACGACGACAGCAGGUGUCGGUGAAGAUAAAAGAUGGUCUCUUGUCAGAACAACUGCCCUUAUUACCGGAGGUACCCGGGCCAUAGGGCAAGGGAUUGUGGAAGAGUUAGCAGGGUUCAGAGCAUCAAUCUAUACAUGUUCCCGUACUCAAAAUGAUCUUGAUCAACGUUUAGAAGAAUGGAAAAGCAAAGGCUUCAUGGUUUCAGGACCGGUCUGUGACCUGCAAUCACGAUCCCAACGCGAGCAACUAAUAAAAUCUGUGGCAUCUAAAUUUGGCAGAAAGCUCAAUAAUCUUGUGAACAAUGCUGCAAUGAUUGUUGUCAAAGAAGCACCGGAAUUCACUGCAGAAGAUUUCUCCAGCAUAAUGGGCACCAACUCUGAGGCCUCUUACCAUCUGUGUCAGCUUGCACAUCCAUUACUAAAAACAGCAGGAACCGGGAACAUUGUGUUCAUCUCUUCAGUAGCUGGUGUCGUAGCUUUUCCACGUAACUCUCUCUCUGCAUGCUCCAAAGGAGCUAUGAACCAGCUGACGAAGAAUUUGGCAUGCGAAUGGGCAAAGGAUAAUAUCUGUGUCAACAGUGUGGUGCCCUGGAUCGUCAGAUCUGAACUCAUUGAAAUGAUGAGAAUCUACAGGGCUUGGUAUCACGAACUCCAUUUAGCCGCCGUGGAGAAGUUAAUGAGGUUUCUUCACUAGUGGCAUUUCCUUGCCUUCCUGCAGCUUCAUACAUCACUGGCCAGAUUAUUUGCGUUGAUGGAGGCCAGACAGUCUGCGGUAAGGUUUAUAGUUCUUCCUCUACUGACUUUGUGUGUUUUAUUGCAAGAGAUUUGCGUUGAUAGUUUUAGCAGUUGAAGUUCUUUCAAAUUCAGUUCAAAUGAAAUAAGGUGAUCUUUCACAGGUUAACUUUGGUAAUUCACCAUCUAAAAAGAGUGAUCCAAAACAGAUCUAAUUCUUAUAUUCAACAAGAAAUUACAGAUAACAGCUAGAAGCUAGGGUUAUGCAAAAACCAAACCACCUAAAUUGCCAGAAAAUUUACAGUAGGGCUUAUUGCCAGCAAAGCCAUACCGGUUUUAGACAUAAAUUCACAUGUGGCUGUCUGCAGAUUGCGAUAAAGAACUGGCACUGGCAGAAGGUUCUCACAUCAGUCUUGCUCAAGCUAAAUGUAUGAUUACCUCUACUAAUUCAUAUUCCAUGAUUCAACUGGUCAGAAUGGCAAGCUAUAAAGAGCUACAAGUACAGAAAACUGCAACCUUAACUGAAAUCACAGGGUACAAACACACGGAAUGGUCAGAAUGGCAAGCUUUAGAGAACUACAUAUACACAAAACCGCAACUUUAACUAAAAUAACAGGGCACAAACAUAUGGAAUGGAAGAAUAAAAUUUCUGCACUUGACUGAUCAUAGUAAAUCUUUUGAACUAACGAAGAUGGACAAAUUAAGGAACACAACAAUGAUCUGGCUCAUGAAAAUUUAUUGAUUAUGACAUGUAACUUGAUUAAUUUUAGCUACAAAUAUCAUCAGUACACAGUCAAAGCAAAAUCGGAACAAGACUAGAUUACAUCACAUCACAUAACAACCUUCGGUUAAUAGGUCCUUGAAGCAUCAAACUGUUCGACACUAUUCUCAUUAACAUUAAAGCUAGCCGUUCCUUCAUUAAACCCUGAACUAACCUCAGCCAGCACACGCGGAUCACUAUGAUUCCUAACAGCCUGCACAAUCGCCCUCACCUUCUUAUACGGAUCCCCACAUCCAAAAACCUCCAGUCCAACAAACACACCAUCACACCCCAAUUGCAUCAUCAACGCUGCAUCAGCCGGCAUCACAAUCCCCCCACACGCAAAAUGCACAACCGGAAGCCUCCCCAUUUGUUUCGUCUGCAUCACUAUAUCAUAAGGAGCACCAAUCCUCUUUGAAAACGUGAAAACCUCAUCAUCAUCCAUAUUUGACAAAAUCCUAAUAUCCCCCAUCACUCUCCUGACACUCCCAACCGUCUCAACAACAUCACCUAACUUCAUCCCAUCCCCUUGUGUCCUAAUCAUUGCCGCGCCUUCUCUAACCCGCCUCAACGCCUCUCCCAAAUC